AAACUAUACAGGAAAGAAAUCAAACCGCCUUUCAAGCCCGCAGUGGGACGGCCAGAAGACACCUUUCAUUUUGAUCCAGAGUUCACAUCUCGGACCCCCACGGAUUCCCCAGGUGUUCCUCCAAGUGCCAAUGCUCAUCAUCUUUUCAGAGGGUUCAGCUUCGUUGCCUCUAACUUGGUGCAGGAGCCUGCACAGCAAGAUGUGCACAAAAUCACCGUCCAUCCAAUUGUGCAGCAGUUACAUGGGAACAACAUUCACUUUACAGAUGGAUACGAGAUCAAGGAGGACAUAGGGAUCGGCUCCUAUUCAGUGUGCAAGAGAUGUGUUCAUAAAGCUACAGAAACAGAGUUUGCAGUGAAGAUAAUUGAUAAGAGCAAGAGAGACCCCUCUGAAGAAAUUGAGAUCCUUUUGCGAUAUGGACAGCAUCCAAACAUCAUUACUCUUAAAGAUGUCUAUGAUGAUGGGAAAUAUGUGUACCUGGUGAUGGAGCUGAUGCGGGGAGGCGAGCUCCUGGACCGUAUUCUUCGGCAGAAGUGUUUCUCAGAGCGGGAGGCCAGCGCUGUCCUGUGCACCAUCACCAGGACUGUGGACUACCUGCACUCUCAGGGCGUGGUGCACCGAGAUCUGAAGCCAAGUAAUAUCCUCUACAUGGAUGAGUCAGGAAACCCAGACUCCAUCAGGAUCUGUGACUUCGGGUUUGCCAAGCAACUGAGAGCGGAGAACGGGCUGCUCAUGACUCCCUGCUACACCGCCAAUUUUGUUGCCCCUGAGGUCCUUAAACGGCAAGGUUACGAUGCAGCCUGUGACAUCUGGAGCUUGGGGAUCCUACUGUAUACCAUGUUGGCAGGGUUCACUCCUUUUGCAAAUGGACCAGAUGACACCCCAGAGGAGAUUCUGGCCAGGAUCGGCAGUGGCAAAUAUGCACUUACAGGAGGAAACUGGGAUUCAGUAUCUGAUACUGCAAAGGACAUUGUGUCAAAGAUGCUUCAUGUAGACCCUCAUCAGCGCCUCACAGCAGUCCAAGUCCUAAGACAUCCAUGGAUAGUGAACAGGGAGUAUCUGUCUCAAAACCAACUCAGCAGACAGGAUGUUCACCUGGUGAAGGGUGCAAUGGCAGCCACUUACUUUGCUUUAAACCGAGCACCUCAGGCACCAAGGCUGGAGCCUGUAUUGUCCUCCAAUCUGGCUCAGCGGAGGGGCAUGAAAAGACUUACCUCUACCAGGUUGUAGCAUUACCCGCAAAAGGCCUCUUUGAAAACCCACAGUUUAUUAUUUGAGAGAUUCAUCUUUACUUGGCUAGCAGAACUUUUUUGGACAACCUGCACAUGAAAUCGCCAGAACUAGCAGAAUCCCAGCGCAAGGCAAAGUUCUCCUUUGCUCCAUCAUUUCUUUUACAUUCCAGCUAGGGUCCCAAGUUUAACAACUUCACAAAGAUGUGCCAAUUUUGCCAGUAGCUCCGUUUCCUUUCUGAGAUAAAGCCAAAUGAAGUAGGUGUGCUCCAUCCUUCCCAUCCUA